AUGAAUACCAACCCGACUCUGAAGCAGCUUUGGGCUAACCUACACCCCGUUUCCCUAGGCCAACUACUUGAGUACAAACAGCUAUGGGACUCGAUGCUCGCUCUCUGUGUUACAUCUUGCCGGGUUUCCCGGUUCAAGAUCGGUACUGACGAACAUCUCAUGACCAAGAUCUUCGAGAACGAGUUUAUGCUAGUUGCAACCUAUCUCGUGGAAGGCAGCUGCCACUCUAGUGUUCAUUCUGGCUUGAUGCAAAACAUCUUUGAGGGCUGGUUGAAGCGUGGAGUUCCCGAUCUGUCUGCUCUCAGUGAGGCUGAUAAGUAUCUGGCCUUCCUACAGACGUAUGUCUGUGUUGACCCGGUCAUUACUAGCGGCCAACUAUGUGUUGCAGAGCUUGCAAAUGCUCCUGAGCUCCCUUUCGAUCAACACGACCAGGAGCUAUUUGCCCACGAGUCUGACACUCCCUCCCAGUACAACGUGCAGAUGUUCCUCGAUGAAGAGCUAAGAUCUCCUAGCACUGGUUCCGACACACCCAAGCUCUGGGCCAAGCCCACAUCACUCCCUGGUCCAGAAUACACUGACAACAGCAGUGAGUUCUUUCCAGUUGACACUUCUGUCUGUCCUUCGUUCUUCUUCACCGAAUACCAGGAAAAGUGGGCUGGUAUGGCUAGAGCAUCUGCACGUCUUCCCUACCUCAUGCACCUGCAUUGUCCAGAGACCGGUGCUCGCCUCGCCACACUCAAGUUCACGUCUGCUUUGGCUCUAAUGACUGCUUAUCUCGAGUCGUUUUCUAGCCAUCCUGAUUGCUGGUGGUACUUUGACGAGUUCAUGCGUCAUUACCUGGAUUUGGGUGAUGUUGACCCUCAGCCAACCUUGGACUACAUGAGAAACACUAUCUCUCCCGACAAGCCGGUCGUCAUCGCUGUUCCGAUCCCUGAGUAG